AUGCCUGAAGCUACAAUUUCAAAACAAACUCUCACAAUGGCUCAAAAAACUAAAUUUAAUAUGUUAUCAAUUGAAAAAGUGCAUAAUUUUGUUAAUAUUAUCUCAUCAUCAUCAUCUAUAACCCAGGAUUUUAAAGAACUUAGACAAUCAGUUGGUGAAGAUAAAGCACUUGUAAAAUUCUACAGAAUAUUUCAACCUGCUGAAACAAUAUUAUGUAUUCAAAAUUUAAAAAGUUCAAAAUUUCUCAAAACAGCCAUAACUCAAAUAUCUAAAAAAGUACAAAAAUAUGCUAAUGAAAUUUAUAACAAAACAGCAUUUAUAGCUGCUAUCCUUGACUCUCGAAUUAAACUAGAAUUAAUAUUUGCUAAUAUGAAUACUGAAGCAAAUCGUACUAUUUUUAAUAAUAUUUUUAAAACAGAAUAUGCUGAACUUGUUUUAAAUAACUCCUCUACCUCUCUUACCUUUACCUCUUUUAUCUUCUUUACCUCCUCUACUUCUUUUAUAUCCUCUACCUUAUUUACCUCUUCUACAAAUUUAAAA